GUGGACCUUCACACUCAUGGCGUUCCUCUCUACCUUCUUCUCUCGCAUCGCUUCCAAACCCCACCUCCGCCGACCUUUCCGCGCCUCUCUCCCUCCCGGUCCCACCCAACCCCCGCGAUCGGGUGCCUCCGGGGACCGCCUCCUCGCCUGGUCGCGCGGUCUCGUACCAUUCGCCGUCGCCGCCGGCGCUGCCCUCGCUUUCGAUCUCCAUCCUGUUGCCGUCCCCUCCUUCUGCGACCCAGGCAUCGAUCUCCGGGUUGGAGGGAAGGAUAGCACCGAAUUAGUGGUGAAGGGUGCUCGUCGGGAGGCGCCCGAGGAGUUCAUCCAAGAGCUAAAAGAUUUUCUUCAAGAUAACCUGACAGUGGACUAUGAAGAACGGCGUUUUCAUGGGGAGCCGCAGAACAGCUUCCACAGAUCUGUGAAUGUUCCUGAUGUGGUCGUUUUCCCAGGAUCACAGGAUGAUGUACAGAAAAUUGUUGCAGCAUGUAAUAAGUACAAGGUUCCUAUAGUACCAUAUGGAGGAGCUACUUCAAUUGAGGGCCACACUUUAGCCCCACAUGGAGGUGUAUGCAUUGAUAUGUCACUGAUGAAAAAAAUUAAGUCUCUAAAUGUUGAGGACUUGGAUAUAGUUGUUGAGCCAGGGAUUGGAUGGAUUGAACUGAAUGAGUAUUUGAAGCCUUACGGCCUUUUCUUCCCACUUGACCCAGGUCCUGGGGCUACUAUAGGAGGCAUGUGUGCUACUCGUUGCUCUGGCUCUUUAGCUGUAAGGUAUGGAACAAUGCGAGACAAUGUCAUCAAUCUUCAGGUUGUUCUAGCAAAUGGUGAGAUCAUCAAGACUGGUUCACGAGCUCGGAAGAGUGCUGCUGGAUAUGAUUUGACUCGCUUGUUGAUUGGAAGUGAAGGCACUCUAGGUAUAAUUACAGAAGUUACAUUGCGUCUUCAAAGACUUCCUCAGCAUUCAGUGGUAGCUAUGUGCAAUUUUCAAACGAUAAAGGAUGCUGCUGAUGUUGCCAUAGCCACAAUGCUUUCCGGUAUACAGGUCUCAAGGGUGGAGCUCUUGGAUGAGGUUCAAGUAAAGGCAAUUAACAUAGCAAAUGGGAAAAACUUACCUGAAGCUCCCACCUUAAUGUUUGAAUUUAUAGGCACAGAAGCAUAUGCACGGGAGCAGACGUUGAUUGUUCAGAAGAUUGUUUCGGAACAUAAUGGAUCUGAUUUUGUUUAUGUGGAAAAUGCCAUUGAUAAAGAGGAACUCUGGAAGAUAAGAAAGGAGGCGCUUUGGGCUUGCUUUGCAAUGGCACCUAAUAAUUAUGAAGCAAUGACCACGGAUGUCUGUGUUCCUUUAUCAAGGUUGGCAGAAUGUAUAUCAAAAUCUAAGCAAGAGCUUGAUGCAUCAUCACUAUUGUGCACGGUCAUAGCUCACGCAGGUGAUGGAAACUUCCACACAAUUAUUAUGUUUGAUCCAGAACAAGAAGAACAACGGCAAGAAGCAGAGAGACUAAACCAUUUUAUGGUUCACACUGCCUUAUCCCUGGAAGUAUAUGUUUACAAGUAUAGUACAAGAACAACUAACUGGAACAUGUACAGGAGAGCAUGGUGUUGGUACAGGGAAAAUGAAGUAUCUGGAAAAGGAGCUUGGAAGUGGGGCAUUGAGGACAAUGAAAAGAAUAAAGUCGGUCUUAGAUCCCAACGAUAUCAUGAAUCCAGGGAAGCUUAUUCCUCCUCAUGUCUGCAUCUAGCUUGAAAUUCCUCCUCAUAUUCAGUCCCAAUGAUAUCAUCAUGGCAUUUGUACUUCAUCCAUGAGGAGACAUUCCAGUGUUUGCGCAUUGUCUGCCCAGUUAAGCAAUCAAGAGUCAGUCUGGGUAUGUAAUACGUUUAUUUGGUUGAAGUAAGAAAAAUAAAGACACUUGUUGAAGUUAUCAAA